AUGAGUGGCAAUAACAAUAAUAAUAGCAACCAGAACAAGAACAAACGAAGGUACCAAGACAAUUUCCGCCACAAGAAACAUCACCGCAAUCCUAGACGUGGCGGUCCUGGUGUCUUGCUCACCUGUGAGACCUUUCGAGAAGUCAAAUGUCGAAGAGAAGGCAUGGCAAUCUUGCAACACUACUUUCAUCAUGGUUUUGAUGAUAAGAAUAAUGGCGAUGCCAACAUUCCAGAGGAGGAGGCAAGGACUGAUGGUGCUGAUUCGACCAAACAGGGGGAUGAUAAUGCAUCGUCAGCAUCGCCAUCACUCAGUCUCGAAGAAGAAUUGAAAGCCCUCCGAUCAACGAAAGCCUCCUCCUCCUCUCAUUUUACGCAGUAUGAGACUGGAAGCAAGGGAAGUGUCUUUCUAAUGUGUUCAGCCGAAGGAUGUCAGUUGAUACCGCCGAUAGUUGUUGAUUCUGACGAAGGGGACAAUAAUGAUGAGAAGAAAAAGAAGAAGAAGAUCGACGACGAUUCAACAGAAAGUCAGGGGACAUCAAAGAAGCAGCGAACGGGGGAUUACAACAAAGAUGACAACACUGCUUCUGCUGCUGCUGCCGCUGCCAAGUCGACACCAGCAAAUGAUGCGACUGGCAAGAACGAUGACAACCAAGAAGGCAGCAACUCCAAACCAUGGGAUCCCGUCCCAGUAGUUUGCAAGGUAUUGGCAGAUGUUGAAAGCAACGUGACAUCCGCCCCAAGUUCAAGAUUUGUUACACGAAUGAUUCCCAUGCAAGCCACGUGCUUUGCCUCCAACGUUGAAAUCCAAGCCACAGCGGAAGCACUUUUACAAAAGUACUUUUUUCCUUGUCCAGAAUACAAAACCUUUGCCGUUUCCUUUCAGAAACGAAUCUGUAACAAUGUCAAGAGACCAGAAAUCAUUGACAUGAUUGCCGGAAGCAUAUUGGAUAACGAGGCGUACCCAAAAGAUAGAUAUACGGUCUCGCUGGACAAUCCCGACGCUACCAUUGUGGUGGAAAUUGUUCGCACUCUUUGUGGGAUUUCCGUAGUACCCCGAACCAAGGAAAUAGCCAACAAUAGCAAGUUUAGUUUGGUUUCAGCACGAGAAAGCAAGGCAUCGCCAGAAGAGUGA